UCUGCCGUUUGUUCGUGGGCCUGCGCGAACAUGUUAAGGCGUCUGUGUUUGUGCGCGUAAUUUCACGAUGAGAAGGCUACAAGCUGUGGUAACAAAUUAAAUAACUAGCUACAAGCUGCGGUAACAAACUAAGUAACUACCUUUAACUACCUUACGUGGCUAAACUGGUCACGAAUUUGUUCUGCAACCCGCCGGGAACAGGUUGACAAUGUCUUUGCUCGAGUUCGAAACUCAAAUGUUCCUGGACCUUCACAACGAAGAUGGUCUCGUCAUAGUAGCGAAAGGUCUCGGCAUAGAGCGAUUGCUCUUGAGCUUGAUCAAAGUUCACAACGAUCCCGGCAGUCUUGUUUUGAUACUGGGAACGACAGCUGAAGAAGAGGAAUUUUUCAUAAGCCAACUUCAAGCAGACAAUGUAAAUCCGCUCCCGAAAUGUAUAACUGCUGACUGUGGCACAAAAGAGAGGACGGACGUGUAUUUAACCGGUGGUGCCCUUUUUGUGACGUCACGGAUUCUUGUUGUCGACAUGCUCAUGGAGAGAGUCCCCAUCAAUCUUAUUACGGGCAUUAUAGUGUAUCGAGCGCACAAAACGCUGGAAUCGUGUCAGGAGGCCUUCAUUCUGAGACUGUAUCGACAGAAAAACAAGACAGGGUUUGUGAAGGGCCUUUCAGACAGUGCCGUGGCCUUUACCCACGGCUUCUCGCAAGUGCAACGCAUGAUGAGGAAUCUUUUUGUGAAAAAGCUGUUUCUCUGGCCGAGGUUCCAAGCUGAUGUUAUUUCGUCCCUAGAGAAGAGAAAGCCGGAAGUUGUCGAGAUCCGUGUUGCCAUGACCCCUGCGAUGAACAUUAUACAGAUGGCCAUUCUGGACAUUAUUGCCAGCUGCGUACGAGAAAUAAAGAAAUGCAAUCCUUCGAUUGAAAUGGAAGACAUCACUGUAGAGAACACCAUCGCGAGGUCAUUUGAGAAGAUAGUCAAGUUUCAGCUUGACCCCAUCUGGCAUCAGAUUGGACCGAAGACGAAGCGUCUGGUUUCUGACAUCAAGACUCUCCGCACCCUGCUACUGUAUCUGACGCAGCACGACUGUGUGACGUUCUACAGCCUUGUCAAAUCAAUACACGACAGUGCUACGGCCAUGACGCAGGUAUCCGACUGGCUUUUCUUGGAUGCAGCAGAUACGCUGUAUGUUCAAGCGAAGGCCAGAGUUUACGGUGUGGAUAAACGCUCACACAAGGAUGACCAAAAGCAAAAAAACCCAGAUAAGAAAGUGGAUCCUUCGUUUCAACCCGAGCACAGCCCAAAGUGGGCUGCUCUGUCGGAGAUCCUGGCUGAGAUAAAAGAAGAGAACAAGGAGAAGGCAGACCUGAACACUGUUUUAAUUGUGGCUGAGGAUGACCGGACUUGUGGUCAACUCUCAGAGUACCUUUGCAGUGGUGCUGACACCGUCCUUUGCAAUCUGUACCGCAAGGCAGUUGGGGACAAAGAUGGCCUGCAACUUCCUCCCCUGGGCCGCAGUGACGACAACAGCGGCGAAAGCCCUGGGAAAAGGAGAAAGAAGGCGAAAAGUGCGUCUGAUGGGCAGAAAAAGAAAGGAAACCAAGAUUCAGAAAUGGAGGGAUCUGACAUGACGGAGACGGAGACCGAGGGAAUGGAAUCUCCGCCCGCCUUUCCCAACACGAUCUUUCACCCGCUGAAGUCGUCAGAAUUCGCUCUGCAGCAGCUGCUUCACUCUGUCGAGCCAAAGUACAUCAUCUUGUACGACGUCAACAUUGCAACUGUCAGAGAAAUCGAGAUGUACCAGGCAACCAGAGCGAAGGAAGUUCUACGCGUUUACUUCCUCAUGUACGAGGACUCCAUAGACGAGCAGCGCUAUCUCACUUCCCUUCGACGAGAGAAGGAUGCCUUUGAAUUCCUGAUCAAGGAAAAAAGUAUAAUGGUGAUACCCGAGGAGCAAGACGGGAAAGGGGAGUACCACCCCGACCUCAUAGACGACCUCGGAAAGUCGAACGAGCCAGCCAGUUCACGAAAAGCGGGAGGCGCGGUUGCUCCUGUGUCAACAUCUCGCAGGGUCAUUGUGGAUUUGCGAGAGUUCCGUAGUGAACUGCCCUCACUCAUUCACAGGCGAGGGAUUAACGUUCAGCCAGUCACCAUAGAGGUUGGUGAUUACAUCCUGACGCCAGAGAUCUGCGUAGAACGCAAAAGCCUCAACGACCUCAUCGGGUCCCUGAACAAUGGCCGCCUGUAUAACCAAGCGCAGGCGAUGUGCCGUUACUACAAGCGCCCCGUCCUUCUCAUUGAGUUCAACCAGAAUCAGCCUUUCUGCCUUCAGGGAAAGCACGUCCCGUCAUCGGAGUCGACCUCAUCGCAGACUUUUGUCUCGAAGCUGAUCCUGCUGACGAUGCAUUUCCCACGCCUCCGUCUGCUGUGGUGUCAGAGCCCGUAUGCCACAGCCGAGAUCUUUGACAUUCUGAAGCAUGGAAAAGAGGAACCGUCUGUGGCAGAGGCGCAGGCAGUGACGGAAAAGGAACUUCAAGACAGUGGCAAGUCAAGUGACAAGUACAACCCUGCUCCGCAGGAUUUCCUUCUUCAUCUGCCUGGUGUCAGCUUGAAGAACUACACCUCGCUGAUGCGCAAGUUCACGAGUCUGGCUGACAUGUUCAAGGCGUCAGAAGAAGAGUUGUCGUCGGUGAUGGGAAACGCAGCCCAAGCCAAGGCUCUCUGGCAGGCCAUCCACAACCCCAUUGAGCACAACCAACAGAAAGCAGUGCCGCAGCGGAAGUUUCGAAAGAAGUAGCGCUGGCUUUGUAUUUUAAUGUGUACAUAAUGUAUAUAGGCUAUCGUUUUGCUCACACGGUUAUUGUCCAAGUGGCCUUGGGUACUGCUUAUAUGAAGAUCAUUGUCAUUAAAUGCUUAAGUAGCUCCUGCAUUGUGUGACAAUCCGGUGAACGUUCAUGAUGUGCUUGCGCAUCACCAUCACAUUGGGCUAGCUCCGAUGGAAUCAUCAUUGUGGCUUUAUAUAAUCCCAAAGCAUGUCUUGUUUAUGUACUGACGUUUACUAUGAGCUUAAUUAUUUGCAUUGCAGGUCACUGUGAAAUGAAUGAUUUUGUUAGUAUUUAAGACAUUAAAAAGACACUAAGGGGAAGCACUAAAUUAGCUUAUAUUUUUACAGUAUUUAUUCAAUAGUAGGAAGUCAAUUACAUUGUUUAACAUUACAUUUAAUUGGGUUCUGCUGGGCCCCAAAUAAUUUGGCUGCGAAUCUCAGCUUUCUUGAUAUUGGAACCAAAGGAAGCCUUGCUUGGCCAAUGUUUAGCUGCUCCCAGAGUAAUUGGAGGAGUUUUGCAAUCAAGAUUGUGAGAUCUUAAUUGUGCAUUCAGGUCCGAAUAUAUUAACACCUCAGUGGUCUGCACUGGAGCGGGAUGCUCAUAUUGAACCGGGAAAUUGUAUACUGAGCACUCGAUUUCUACUGGCCAGUUAUAAACUGCUAUAACCACACUGCUAGAGUGCUCUAGUGCAUUUGAAAAUGAGCUGUUGACUCUGUUGUUAAAAAAUAAAUUAAGGUUGAUAUUUUUUUGAAGCAGAAACUGUGGCAGUGGCAUAAUAGUGAAAGUUUAUGGAUAGAGAAGCAAUUCUUUUUAAGGUCACGGCAAAAAAGAAAAAGUCAUCAGAACUUGCUAAGUUCUUACUUUUGUGCAGUUAGGGCAAUACAUUCAGGAAAUUUAUGCCUUAGCAUAAAACUUUCAACUUGUCCUCACAGGAAGCUAGUACUGAAAUUUUUUUGCUAGGGUAUAGUGUAAGGAGGUGAGAAGGUGGCGGCAGCCUAUACUUAGCGAUGCAUUGUUACAACUUUCUAAUUUCUUAAGUCGAUUUGAUGGUGUGGCUGCAUCCUCUAUGAGUGUAUUUCAACAGUGUUCAAUUUCAUGGGAAUAAAGAACUGGCUUUGCAGGUUGGUGCUUGAAUGCUAGUACAAUAAAUGAGAAGCGUUUUUACAA